ACGCGUGCAGUCGAUAGUCGAGAACUAUACUUGAGAGUAUCGUCAAUGUGCGUUGUACAGACCGGUUUGUACUGAAAGUCAUUGAAAUUCGAAGAAACUCGCUUUGCAGUGAUCAAAUUAAUUUAAUUAAUUAUGUUUCAAGGCUUAUUGUGCCAAAACUUGACGCCUAAGUGAAUAAGCAAUCGUCGUGUAUUUGAGGCAACAGGUUUCUGGUCAGCAUCUGGGGGCUGGCAAAUAUCUUCUCCCACUACUUUUUGGCUUAAUCAAGGGAAGCACUCCCCCCGAUUUACUCAGGGUGAACAUCUAUGCCACGGGCCAAACGUACUACAGUAAGACACGGGCGUCUUAAGAAUAGAGAACCGUUUUUCUAUAUAUGUGCUCAAGUAACGAUUAAAAUCUUUUAGCUUAAUGAUUAAGAAUAUCUCGUUCUUUCUGCUUUGCACUUAACAUUCUGAAAGUUUCAUCAGCUCUAAUGCAAGAAACGGUCGUGUCGUGCGGAAAAAGUGAUGCUGUUAGCAAAAUAGUCUACAGUUAGAUAUCUGAAUUUUUGUGUCCACUUUUAAAAAUUUUUAAAUGCUGCUUAACGAUUUGUUCGUUGCCUACGUUUCGAAAUGUGUUUUAAGUCUUUAGAAUGAAGCAACUUUCUAGUGCAGUAUAGUAUAUGAAGCAGGAGCAAGUUCGCAAUGUUGAUUCGAAAUUUAAAAUACCUGUGAGUGCUGUUUGGUGAAAUUAUUCAAAGAGAGUAAUAAAUCCCAAGUUAGUGACGAGUUGCUGAUGAACAUGAGGCUUUGGCUGGUACUCGGCGCACUCGCGGUAACGAUGCCCACGUUACCAGCUGAGAUCAGUAGAAAUAAAAACAGAGGUCGAGGAUCUAUGUGGUGGGGUAUUGCAAAAGCUGGAGAGCCAAAUAAUCUAUUACCAAUGUCUCCAACAUCUCUGCAUAUUGAACCAGCAGUUUACGCAACGCUCAGAAGAAAGCAGAGAAGACUUGCGAGAGAAAACCCUGGGGUUCUUAGUGCAGUGAAGAGGGGUGCUAAGCAGGCUAUCCUAGAAUGCCAGCAUCAAUUUCGUAACCGUCGAUGGAAUUGUUCAACUAAGAAUUUUCUUAGGGGAAAGAAUCUCUUUGGCAAAAUCGUCGAUCGAGGAUGCCGAGAGACAGCUUUUAUUUAUGCUAUUACUAGUGCUGCAGUAACACACAGUAUUGCAAGAGCGUGCAGCGAGGGAAGUAUCCAAUCUUGUUCUUGUGAUUAUACACACCAAUCGAGAGCUCCUUCAACAAUUCGGGAUUGGGAAUGGGGAGGAUGCUCCGAUAAUAUUGGUUAUGGAUUUAAAUUCUCUCGAGAAUUUGUUGACACCGGUGAACGUGGACGAAAUUUGCGAGAGAAGAUGAAUCUGCAUAAUAAUGAAGCUGGCAGAGCACACGUUUCUGCAGGAAUGCAUCAAGAGUGCAAGUGUCAUGGUAUGUCUGGUUCCUGUACAGUAAAGACUUGCUGGAUGAGGUUACCAAACUUCAGAGUAGUAGGUGAUAAUCUUAAAGAUCGUUUUGAUGGUGCAUCCAGAGUGAUGAUUAGUAACUCGGAUAGAUUGCGUGAUAAUAGCAAUGCGAUUAUGAGCAAUUCAGCCAGUAAUUCAGUUCAUGGGCAUGGUUUAGGGAGGAAACAUAGAUAUAAUUUUCAAUUAAAGCCAUAUAAUCCAGAACACAAACCUCCGGGGCAAAAAGAUUUGGUGUACCUUGAAUCUUCACCGCCAUUUUGUGAAAAGAACUCUAAACUAGGUAUUCUUGGUACUCAUGGAAGACAGUGUAAUGACACUAGCAUAGGUGUUGACGGUUGUGACCUCAUGUGCUGUGGCAGAGGGUAUAAAUCACAAGAAAUUAUUGUUAUAGAGAGAUGUAAUUGCGUAUUUCAUUGGUGCUGUGAAGUUAAAUGCGACGUUUGUGCGAUAAAGAAAAUGGUACAUACUUGUUUAUGAGGUUAGAUUGUGUCAUCGUUGUCUCUUUUAACUUCUGAUGACAAAAAAAGAGAAAAAAGUAAAAACAAUAUAUAUUUAUACAGCAAAGUCAAUGUAGAGAUAAAUUGUAUCGCUUCAUAGUCUAUAUAAAGCAGACGAGAUUAACCGGUUAAAUCGGUUUCGAGAUUAUUAUUAUUAUUAUUAUUACUAUUAUUAUUAUUAUUAUUAUUAUUAUUAUUAUUAUUAUUAUUAUUAUUUUAUUGUACAACUUGAGUCAAAAGUGUAAUGACACAUAGCUAGUAUAAGGAGAAGAGUUUUUAAUGUUAACUCAGACUCCAACAAUGCCCAGUAUUAUACGAAAUAAAUAACUAUUUAUUACGAUGUUUAUAGACGCGUACUAAAGACUGAACGGGAAAGCAUUUUAUACAUUAUAAUUUAAGCAUUAAGAGAGUAAUUGUCUCGAAAACUAAAUAUUCGAGUUGCCAUUGUAUAUACGAUUGUUAAUAUCUUAUUGUAGUUUCGCAUUCGGCUUUUAUUUUAAGAAACUUCAAGUCUAUAAUGUGUCCUGCGAUAUGUGAACCAAAAGGAUACUUUCGAAUUAAUUUAUUUGACGAGAAGUAAAAAACCAAGUAGUAAUAUAAGUGCAAAAUUGUACAUAGUGAUGUUAAAAAGGAAUUAAAUGUGUAUAUAGACAUAUAAUAUUCUCCAUGCCAGUUGGCUUGUAAAUAUAUUUAACAAUACACAAAAUAAAAAGGCAAUUAAUUAUUUCUUAAAGGAAAUAAAAAUGAAGAAAUUAUA